AAUCGGAAUAACACACGACACGGUGACAUGUUUUACACGAACCACGUCAAAAAAUUUGUUGUAAAAUUUAAUGGAACGUUAAAACGUUCGACUUUGUUCUUAGUCUCCAGUAAAAUCACCUCACUGGGACUUUAUGACAGUGUGACCGAGUGAACGAUAACCAGCAGAUUUAUAGACGUCACACAGCGACUGUGCCGCACCUCCGCACUCAGCUCUCACUUUUAAAUAAAAAGCAGGACGUGUCGUGAUGUUACAGGAAAACGACCAAGGACGUGUUUUCUUUUGCCUUCAGCGAUGUAUGACAACAUAGAGCGAGGACAGAUUUUAUAAACUUUUGAACCUUUAUCUAUUUCCAGUGGAAAGACUUCGAGGCAAGAAUCCGUUUCCAUGAUGGGGCUCCGUUCUGGACUUCUCCUGGUUUUGUUCCUCAUGGGUUCCUCAGCAGCAGCUGGAGGUCUCCAGGCUCCUAAUCAACCGCGACUCUUGACUUGUCGCUCGCCCGAGAAGGAGACGUUUACGUGUUGGUGGGAGCCGGGAGACGCAGGAGAUCUGAACACCACCUACGCUCUCUACUACAGCCUGGAGGGAUCAGACAAGGUGUAUGAGUGUCCAGAUUAUAAGACAGCAGGACCAAACUCAUGUUUCUUCAAUAAGAGCGACACGUCCCUGUGGGUGAAUUAUAACAUCACCGUCAUGGCUACAAACUCCAUGGGCAGCAGCAUCUCUGAGCCCAUUGAGGUGGACGUGGCCCACAUCGUUCAGCCCAACACUCCUGAGAGAGUGAAAGUGGAGGUGAUGAAUGAUGAAGAGAUGAACACGCCGGUCCUGCGUGUGACGUGGGAGAAGCCGCAGUCAGCAGACACUCGCUCCGGCUGGAUCACACUCAUCUAUCAGCUCCGUGUUAAACAGAUCAAAGGUGACAGCUGGGAGGAGUACAACGCCGGUAUGCAGAAAUACUACAACGUCUUCAGUCUGCUCUCAGGUAAAGAGUACAUGGUGCAGGUUCGCUGUAAACCUGACCACGGCUUCUGGAGCGAAUGGACGAGUCCCGUCUACAUCCAGAUGCCUGAGUUCCUGAAUAAGGAGCACUCUGUGUGGAUCCUGGUGGCUGUGUUUUCAGCCGUCGUCCUCCUCAUAAUCACCUGGACCAUGAACCUUAAGCGGAACAGUGUAAAACGUUGUCUGCUGCCUCCUGUCCCUGGACCCAAAAUCAAAGGCUUUGAUAAACAGCUGCUCAAAAAUGGGAAAUCAGAGGAAGUGUUGAACGCGCUGGUGAUCCACAGUUUUCCACCAACCAAGUACGAGGAGCUGCUAGUGGAUUAUCUGGAGGUUUACGACAACGACGAGACGCACAACUUGGUUUUGGACUCCAAGGAUCAACAUGUGGCGUCUGUGAAUUCCAUGAUCACGUCUUUAGACAGCGAUUCUGGACGUGGGAGCUGUGACAGCCGAACCCUGCUGCUGGACAAGAGCACGCAGGGACGGAACCUGGGUGGAACCAAGCAGGUGGGCUGGGGUUCUGAAGAGCCCGGUUCUCUGAUCAGAGAAGAAGGAAAAGCCCGGAUGUGGAAUAACGUGUUCUCGGCUCCUCAGCUGCACCCUGAGCACCACUAUUAUCAGCAGGACCUCCAUUUACAGCAGCCACAUGACACCAAAUGCACCUACCACAACAUCCCUGAGAUUUCCUGCAUCUCCUCAUCUGUUCACAUCAGCAGAACUGUGGAAAAUCAUCUGGAGGAACUUCUGAUUAAACCUCGGGUCUGCGGAUGCUUUCAGACUGACUGCAUGGACGGCGUCGUGCUGCAGUCUGCUGAAUCCCAACCCACAGAAUACGUAGAGGUGCAGACGGUGGAUCAGGAAAACGUCCUCCACGUCCAGCCGCUCUCCGACCCCGAGGAGCGAAGGCAGGAACUUUCUGACUCCUCAAAUGGUGAGAAUUACAGCAAGGUGCGGGAUGUGAUCUCAGAUAAUCUACUUCUGCUUCAGAGUGAUGUGAGCAUUGUACCGCAGGAAUGUCAAUGCCAAACCCUUCAUCAGGAGAACCAUCAGACCUGUAAACACAGCACCAUCCUGUCCUUAUCCUCCAUUCUGCAGCCAGGGAACGGAUAUGUCGACUCAACCAUGAUGACUUCCUAACGUCUCCGUCUCUGGAAUCCCGAUUGGAAAUACGAGCUUUCAUGGACGGAUCCUGGGACAGGGAAUCACAAUCUCUUGAAAACCAGCAUUUCUGAAAGAUCACCCGAGGUUCUGAGAAGGUACGACAGAUACCUGGGGAGAAAGUCUUUGCUACAAGCUCUUGGUGAUGGCUCAUGUCUUUGGUCACAAUCAGAUUCUCCCGGGUUCUAGCUGGUUCUGUUGGGUCAGUACUUGUUUUAAAAAAGACACGGAACACCCAGUUUUUUCACGGCGGAGACUCGUGCUGAAGGUGAUCUUAUGUCUUAACCAAUCAGCAGGCAGAAGACUGACGAUGUUUCAAUGACUUAUCGAUCCUGAUUUUUAUACACGAUCUCGAUUAGUUAGUGAGUUCUACACGCUGAGAUGAGACAUUUCAUCAUUUCACUUCUCAUCAUUAAUCUUAACCAGCUGAAAGCUCACAGAUAUAUUUUUGUAUUCGAACCUUUUCAUCAGUGUACAUUUAUUUACGGAAAAUAAGGCUUUGGCUAAUUAAAUAUGGAUAAAGUUGCAUAUUUAACAGGGAUGUAAACCUCAGGCUUCCAAACAAUAUAAGAUAUGUGGCUAACUUUGUCCUGAACAGCGAUGACAUGAAGAAGGACUUUAUUUAAGCGUCAGAUUUCCGAGAGGCCGAAUCACCUCGCUGGCGUGUUCGUUUAUUAAUAAGUACUUUAAAAAAUGUCCAUUAAUGUUUCUUUAUCCUUUUAUGCUUCAUGCGUUUAGACUUUCUACAAUAAGAAUUCUAGUUAACUGGAGUUAGGAUUAAAAUGAGGCAAAAUUUCUCUUUCUUGUUUAAAUCAUAAAGUUGCAGAACUUCUCAAUUUCAUCAUUUCUUAAUACGAUGGAAAUGUAGAACAUAAGGACAGAUCAAUUGUGACAUGUAGCUACUAUCUGUAGGGGUUGCGAAGUGGGCGGAGCUUACAGACUUAAUCAAAGACGCUAAGAUUCAGACGAUGUGGUGGUGACGAAGUGAUGAAAACCAAAGCAAACAACAUUGAAAUAAACAACGAUGGGUUUUGAUUUUUUUCUUAUUGAUGUAUGUUGUAAAUUCGGAUCAUUUCCCAGCCGUAGUGUCUUACGUUAACCGCCACCUGUUGAUCAACAUUUUGGAGAAGUUCUGAAGCUCCUCAGACACUUUGUAUAAUAUUUUAAUUUAAACACCAACCAACGAUGCACUUCAUUCGACGCUCCUCUGCUUCAUCUACUAAGGAAAAAACUCUGAAAACUCUCACUUUAAUAAGCGUGAUGGUUUUAAUGGGAGAGAAACAUGAACUUGAGAAGAUCUGACUGUUUUCUGGGAAACUAGAAGAAACUCAAAACAUUAGAACCUCAAACACGCUUCACUUAAAGCACCUGGAUUUGAUCCUGGAGCUUGUGGUUCUAAUGUGAGCACCUGAAUCACCGGCGUUUGGGUUCUAAGUGCUGAUUUAUGGUGAUAUGCACUGAAUUGUAUAACAUCGUCUGUGUGUUACGUGUUUGUGUUUGAAUGCUGAAGAUCCAUUUCCAUUUUUUGAUGGACUUCAGAUCACACCAUCAGUUAGAGCGACUGCAGCGUAGCAAGAUUUCCACAUUUCAGUGAUCUGAAGAUCGUUUAUCUGCCUGAUUAAGUGGAGAAAAUGUUUCCAUUAAUGGAUCAUUCUUUGGUUUUUAGCUUCCAAAUAAGUUUAUACGGUCAAACACACUCUCUGUUUCUGAUCUCGUGAUGGUGAACACAUUUCAUGUUCUUCUGUUCCUUUCCUAACGCCAACACUGCUCUACAUGUCCACGGUGAUGUAGACGCAGAUAUUUUUUGCACAAAUCUUGAUAAAUCGUGAUGUUUGUAUUUCAUAACCACAGUAGAGGCUUGUGGUGUGACAAAAAUAUCACACCACCGUUCUCAAAAAAAAAACAAAACAAUCAUUUCGACUAUACACAAUAUACAGUAUACUGUAGGACUGGUUAUUUUUUUAAAACCUGAUAUUUUAUUUUCAGUCUUAAAAUAUAUGAAAAGAAAUAAUAUUUGAAAAAAUAAAACAUUUUCAACACCUCACUGUACUCAUCGUUCCUCAUGAUGUCGUUAUUAUAUUGUCACGUCCUUCAACCCCGAACACUCGACGCUGACAGGUGAAUCCGAGGGAUCCGUGAACUGGAGACGAGCCGUGAGGUAUUUCAGACUGAAUUAACACACUAUUUAAAGCUAAACCGUUAGCCUGAGAGAGAACGUUAGCAAACUAGCUAACUUGUUUCUGGAAGGUUUAUUUCCAAUUGUUGAUGAAACUCAGUUAAAAAUAAAAUCAGUUUCCUUUUAGCUCAUCUUUUAGACCUAAUCAGUCAGUUAUCAAAGUUCAAGCACAUUUUUAAUGAUGUGCAACAGGGACAUGUUAGUGUUGACAUUUUGUUAACUGUAAUGAGCAGAAACACAGUUACUCAUUUAUUAAAGUUGUUAUCGAUCAUUUACAGUAGAAUAUACGUAGAUAUAAAACACACUAAAUUCUCUCGACUGGAGAUUUGAGGUCAGUCAGAUAUUUAGAUUUUGGGAUUGAUUUUGUUUCACUGACAUAAAAACCCAAAGCUGAAAUAAUCAGCACUCGGAAUGAAAAUCGUGCCACUGACUGAAUUGCCACUUGCUCAAUUCCACAGUCCUUUUAAACGCCCCCUGACAGACGGCGUUGCUCAGAGAAUCUUUAUCUUUAUUUAUUGCACUGUUCAUGAUGUAACAUUCAUUUAUAGUAAACACUGAGUCUCUGGAUGAGCUGUUGUGACUCCUGACAUGUUCUGUUGUGUGUAAAUCAUCUUUACUGGUGUGUUUUUUUUUUGUCUGAGCAGCACAAGGGGAAAAAUAAUAACAAUUUAAAUGUCAGUUUAUUAUAAUGUGCCAACAUGUAUUUUUGUGUGUGAAUUUUUUCCUCAGAAUAAAAUAAAAUCCCACAUUGUAAUUGAA